AUGACGUCCCUCCGCGAGACCUUCAUUGCCGGAUUCCCGAACGACAAGUGCAACUUGCCGGAGCAGCUGCGACCAUUCUAUAACGCCCGCCACCAGCUGGCCAUCGACGAGGACGACGGGACAAUUGUAAUGGGCCCCCGCGUAGUAAUACCUCGCUCCAUGGUCCACCAAACAAUCCAAGUCCUGCUAGGUAUGCACCAAGGAGCCAGCAAGAUGCGCCAGAGGGCCCGUUUAUCCGUAUUCUGGCCAGGAAUGGAUGUUGACAUAGCCAACGCGGCAGCCGCCUGCGACUCAUGCAACAGUCGGCUAGCAUCCCAACCCAAAGAAACCAUCCGCCACCACGAACCAGCCACGCACCCCUUCGAAUUCUUACACGCAGAUCUAGGAGAAGACAACGGGCGGCAUUUUUUAGUCAUCGUGGAUCAAUUCAGCGGGUGGCCCCACUUCACCAUGUUCCCAAACAAGAACACCACGGCACGGCGUCUCAUCGACGAAUUUCGCAGCUUCUUCGUCUCAAUUGGAGGCGCCCCAAUCAAAAUCUGGUCCGACAACGGACUCUUCCCCGCGGCCGAGUUCCAAGACUUCCUGCGUGAUUGGAAGUUCGGAUGGGAGUCAUCAUCACCGCAUUACCCGCAAUCCAACGGCAGAGCCGAAGCAGGAAUCAAGGCCAUCAAAGCCCUCGUGGCCGGAUCGCGAACGGGCGGCACGUUUGACCAAAACAAAAUGGCCAAAGCGCUCCUCCUCUACCGAAACGCACCCCGCAUGGGCAUCCAGUCGCCCGCACAACUAAUCUUCAACCGACCCAUCCGCGACGGUUUACCGGCGCACAGGAGAUCCUUCGCGCCAGAAUGGCAAAAGGAAGCCAGAGAAAUUGAGCAGAGGCAACGAAAAAUGCUGGAGAAGACGACCAACUACUACAACCACGACGCAAAGGAUUUGCCGGAAUUGACCAUUGACGACCACGUACUCAUCCAACAUCCAGAUUCCAAGCGAUGGACUACACCAGGAGUGGUGGUGGAAACUGGCCCAAACCGGGAUUACAUGGUCAAAACACCAUCCGGCCGAAUUUUUCGGAGAAAUCGCCGUAUGCUCCGCAAAAGAACGGUGGUUAUGCCGGGAACGAUUCCACCAGCCGAAAACGAACCAGUAGCAGCAGUGGAACCAAUUCGACCAAUCCCCACCAUCGAAAGAGCAGCGCCGACCUCAACACAGCCGGAGAAGAGAACGGACGGGCAACCUGGCCAGCAAGUUGGAGUCGGGCGCGGCCAAGGACGCGGCCGGAUUCCGCCUUUACGCCAGUCAACCCGCAUCAGCGUGCCAAGUAACCGAUACCCGGCAGAAGAUUGGACCAAAUAA